AUGUCGGUGCAACGCUCUCCGCCCGGUGGGUUAGUCCCACCAAGCACUAAAAUGCACUAUAGUUCAGAUCCGACCCUUAACGAGAUUGCCAACAUAGAUGAAAAUAUUCAUAGCUAUAGCAUCACCAAGCGACAGAAACGUACAUUUGAUAACUUAAAAGAUCAAUCGAGGUCAUCUAUAUCCGAAAUAAAAAAUAUGUUUUCUGAACUUAAAGAACAACAAGAUCAUAAGUUUGAAUUGUUGAAUAACACUCUCACUGCUAUAAUGACACAAAACCAAGACUUACACAAAUCGCUCGAAAUGUUUACUAAUCGGCAUGAAGAAUUACUACAAAAAAUUAAUAUCCUGGAACAAGAAAAUAACGAUUAUAAGAAGCGAGUGUGCGUCUUGGAACAUAAAUUAGAUCACUUAGAAAGAAAUGCGAGUAGUACAACUAUUGAAAUCCGCAACUUAUCCAAACAAAAUAAUGAAAAUAAAGAAGUUCUGACUCACAUAAUCCAGAAACUUGGCUCGACAUUGGGCCUGGAAACCUCAAUUCAGGAAUCGGAAAUCAGAAACAUUUAUCGCUUCAGAUCUGAGACACUGGUGGUAGACUUCACCACGUCCCUUCGGAAAGAAUCCAUUAUAUCAAAAUACAAAAUAUAUAAUAAAGCAAAACGCGAAGGUUACAAAUUCUACACCACGAAUUUAUCAAAAGAUAAAAUUAUGCUGCAGCUGUGCAUGUGCCAAGAAGAUGACGUAUCUAUUUCGCAAAUGGGUAUGCGGUGUACUCGAGAAUGA